UUGGAUAGAGAAGAAAGAACAGAUGGAAGCAGCAUCAUUGUCCCCUAGCCUAGCCACUUCAUCUUUCGGCACCUCAGCAAAAACAGCAACCAAUGAGCGAGGCAGCACCAACUGCUCAUCCUAUGCCUCUUACAACAACCUUAACGUGCGCCACCUAGCAGCAUUCCACAAACAAUCCCAUCUGUUCACAAAAUCCCUUACACGUCCUUUUCCUUACACCAAAUCCCAUGCCUGUAAAUCCACACAUGGCAACUUCCUUCCCAACUUGGUCGCUUCCUUGGAACAAGUUGAACAAACUUACAUUAUGGUCAAACCUGACGGUGUACAACGUGGCCUUGUUGGAGAAAUUAUUUCAAGGUUUGAGAGGAAAGGGUUUAAACUGACUGGCUUGAAGCUCUUUCAAUGCCCCAAAGAAUUGGCUGAGGAGCACUACAAAGAUCUCAGGGCCAAGCCAUUCUACCCUAAACUGAUAGACUACAUUACUUCAGGACCGGUUGUGUCGAUGGCCUGGGAGGGUGUUGGUGUUGUGGCAUCUGCACGUAAGCUGAUAGGGUCUACAGAUCCUCUUCAGGCUGAAACUGGCACUAUAAGAGGAGAUCUUGCUGUUCAAACAGGAAGGAAUGUGGUCCAUGGAAGUGACAGCCCUGAGAAUGGCAGGCGUGAAACAGCUCUUUGGUUCAAAGAAGUUGAAUUAUGCCAGUGGACACCUGCUCAAGCAUCAUGGUUAAGGGAGUAAUGAGUGAUCUUUCAGCAUAUGCUUAAAUCAUUGUUGAGGCGGCACUCUCUAAGUCUCUCCUGACCACCUGUAUUUCAAUGUCCAAACAUUCAUCUGUGAUUUAAACAAUUCAUUGAAGAUUGAUGUAAUUGUCAUGUUGGACCUGCAGUUUUGUAAGAGUAAUGGAAGAAAUUCAUGCCUUUUCCUUUCUGGUCCCUGUUUCCGAUAACUUUAUAAGUACACUUUGAAUUGUGUAAUUGAGGAGACAUUGAUAUUUUCUUGUGAGAAACAAU